AUGCAGCAACUGCUUCGUUUCAAUUCGCUCACAUUUCAAUCGAUUCGAUGGAAUUGCCCGUGGCACAGAAACAGUUUUCGGCCGUGCUAUUUCCCGUACAAAUUGCAAGAGAAGCUCAACGUUGACACUGUCGAAAAGCGCACGGAAACCCGAGGCGGCCGAUUAAUGCUGAUGAGACGGAUUCUUCGCGAGCAAAAGUUCUUAGGAUACGUGACAAAGCCGGCCGACUCGACGAAGAUCUCCUACCCGUUGUAA